AUGACUUGUCCCAUUGUCGACAUCGUCGUCGAAGAGCUCCAGGCCCGCCCAAGGCCCAAGGAUGUCGGUAUGCUUGCCAUGGAGAUGCAUUUCCUCAGGAGAUGCAUCUCAGAGGAAGAGCUCGAGGUAUUCGACGGUGUAUCAAAGGGAAAGUAUACCAUCGCCCUGGGCCUGCAGUACAUGGCCUUCGCAGACGACCGCGAGGAUAUCAAUCCCUCUGCACUGACUGCGCCCAUCGUCUUUGAAUCCAUUCAUGGGACCUACAUGACCGAUACCUACGACUUCUAUAAGCCCAGGCUUGACUUUGAAUACCCCGAAGUGGACGGUCCUUUAUCAGUGACGUCCUACCUGACUGCCCUCGAUAUGUCCUACUCCAGCUUUGGCGAGAAGACUGGCCCGGGGCGGGCCGUAACACACGACGACCCAGAUUCCACCUUUAGCUUGGAUGACACCGCCUAUCACGUAUUCCAUUGCCCGUACGGCAAAAUCGUGCAGAAGGGCCACGCGCGCCUUCUGUACAAUGACUUGGUCGCCGACCCCUCCGCCCCCAAGUCCAUAGACCAGUCCAUACUCAACCCCCCCCCUCCGCCUCGCUCACAGACGAAAGCGUCGAAAACAUGUUCGGGGCCUUCUCUAAGGAUGAGUGCGCGUCUCGAGUUGUACUGUCGAUGUACUGCGCGAAGCGCUGCGGGAACAUGUACACCGCGUUGCGGUACGGCGGGCUCGCUUCUCUGAUUUCUGCCGGCGGGCCUGCGGAUCUCCGGAGCAAGCGGGUGAGCAUGUUCGCGUGCGGCCGUGGGGCCGCGUCGUCGUCCUUCACGCUCCACGUU